AAUUUUGGUCGCACAGCUUCCAUUCAGGCAUUUGGUUGGCCAGCUUCGGGCCCUUCCUCCUUUUCCUCAUCCCUGAGAGGCUGAUGCCAAGAUGAACGACACAGUGACAGUCAGAACCCGGAAGUUUAUGACAAACCGGCUGCUUCAGAGGAAGCAAAUGGUUGUUGAUGUCCUCCAUCCGGGCAAAGCCACAGUCCCUAAGACUGAGAUCAGGGAGAAACUGGCCAAAAUGUACAAGACCACCCCCGAUGUGGUGUUCGUCUUCGGCUUCAGGACACAGUUUGGUGGCGGCAAGACGACGGGUUUCGCCAUGGUCUACGACUCUCUCGACUACGCUAAGAAGAACGAGCCCAAGCACAGACUGGCCAGGCACGGUCUCUAUGAGAAGAAGAAGUCCUCCAGAAAACAGCGCAAGGAACGCAAGAACAGAAUGAAGAAAGUACGAGGCACCAAGAAAGCCAGUGUGGGUGCUGCUGGCAAAAAGGUAACUUGGCUGUUCCCCCUAUGGUGCAUUCCUCUUGUUCAAGUAUGGGUGCGUCUCAAUAGUCACAAUUUUACACAAGCUGCUUUUGUUGUCCUUCCUCUGCUUUGAUUUGAAAACGCCGUG